AUGUGUCCACUGCUGUGUACUGUAUUUGAUUCAACGUCUUCGAUCUUGAUAUUUCCUCAUUUGCAGGAGGAAAUUGACCGCGUCAACAAGGAAGCCGAAAGUCUGCAACGGCCAGCGCAGGAUGAGAAUGAACUGCCUCCAGAGCAAGCAGUUGCACAGGUUGCGAUGUGGCGUUCGUUGAUGAAAAUCUUCCAGCUCAAAUGCUUGAAACAGGACAAAAAAAGAAGAGAAUUUGGCUAUUUGGCACAGUAA